AUGCUGGUCGGGUUAUGCAUUGCAAAUAUCGAAGAUCUGGGUCUGGAAGUAUGCCAGGUUUGUCAUGUUCGCUCGGUCAGCAUGAGAAGUCUCAAGUCUGUCAUGUGCGUUUUUUUAAGUACCCGAACGCCCCAGUUUCUUUGCUGUCAUGCAGAAAGACCGCGCCUUGCGAUGCAGAAUGGGCAACACAUAGUACUAGCGACUCGAAAACUUCUCAUGCUUCGCUGUCCAUCGAGGCCGGCGCCCUCAUCACUGUCCAACCCGCAUGACAAGUUUCCAGACAUCCAUUGAUAUUUGCCGUUGAUAUCUGUAUUUGUGUGCGUUUUUCCUGUCGGGGUCGCUGCUGGGUGGCGCGGACGGGAAGAGGGCGUUAGUACGCGGUCGUAGAGCAGAGGCAGCGGCAGCAGGAUUGUACAGGGCGGCAGUGAUACCCUGAGGAAAAACGUUCCCACCCCAAAGUCAAGAAGAUGGCAGAUUCAUUGCGACACGAACCGAGAAGUUUUGGCUGUAGCGCAUGACACGCACCUUGGGUUUCUUGUGUAGAAGCCGUGUUUAGCUACUAGUGCAGCAGCAUCACAAAACGAAAUGGAUCUUCAGCUGACCCUGAUUGUAAGUAGCGCGGCGCUAAAUGAUUUCGAAACAGCACUAGCAAAAAAUGCCACUCACGUUGGAGUCGCGCGUGAGAAACAAUUUAGGCAUGCAGAUUUGCAUGCCAAUAAACAUUGGGUGCGGAUGUUUGUGUUUACACUGGAUAAGUAAACCGGGUGAUUUUUCGGUACCGGUAUGGUGCGCUCAAGCUCACGCCCGGGGCGUCUUCCAAGAAAUUUUUUGGGAAGCCAGGCCAGCAAGCCUUUGUGGAUGCGGUGCGGGGAAAUCCUGACCAAGCCCGGUUUGGGGUAAACUACGAACAAAUCUGGGAGAAAAUGAAGGACAUCGAUAUGCCCAUCGAUAUGCGCGAUGACCCUCAGAGGGAGAGCAUCAAUGCGUCCAUGGACCUGGAUGCUGCGCAAGAGUGGGCAAAGUAUUGGUUUUAUGCAUUGCAACUAUGUAGUCUGGGUCUGGAAGAAUGCCAACUUGUGAUGCGCAUUUCACAACACAUAAAAAUCUCUCACGCAUAGCCAGCAAAAGCUGCCCACAUUCUGUCACGAAAAUGGGGCUUUUGUCAUGCGGAUUCGGCAUUGCGGAAGCUUCUCGAAACCUUUGCUGCUAGAGCUUCCAUGCCAGACCUUCUGCGUCAUGCAAAAGCAGCAUGGUUCUUCCAGACCCAGACAUAUUUGCAUUUGAUAGGUUUCAGCCCAGCCGCGCGGUCGCGGAUGCGCUACACAAGGCGCACCGCAAAUUUAACCUCUCACAGCAUCUGUGUGCAAGCCAGAAGGAAGAGCUUUGGAAAGCUUAUUUGGUUUGGCUGGAAAAGCAGGGCAUUCGUGGUCUCGACGGUGUUGAAAACGGGUGGACUAUCGACUUUUGGAGCCAAAAACUCACCGAGCUGGUGAAAAACGAGAUCAUGCAGAUUUUUAAGUCGGGCCCAUUGCCGGGCAAAGGACCGGCGCGCAAGUGGAAUCAAAGGCACAGCUUGGCUCUGCCAAAGAAGCUCACAUCAUUGGAGGUACAACAACUGCAGAGGCAGUGUCCUGCCGCUACGCAAGGGCGGGCGGCUCCAGCUUCUCCUACGUCCUCUCCGCCAGCGCAGGUGCAGAUUCUUAUUGACGAGCAAAGCCGACUGCCAAUUGUUUCUUAAAAGCGAAGGUAGAUUUGUUUCGCCAGGACGAGAUCACGCAAGAACUCUUGACGUAAGAAGAGAAGGUAGAGGGUAAAGAGUGAUCUAUAGAAUUAUACACACGAACGAAGUAGUAGUAGGAGGAAAAAGGAGAACUCGAGUUACAGUAUGAGUAUGUACUAGCUGACAACACCUGAUCCUGAAGAAGUCGUGUGCGUGCUCUUUUAAAAAGAGAGGGAACUCCCCCACACACGACCGAUUACACUCGUUACGCGGUAGACCACACUAAGAAUCAGUAUAAGACAUACACUUUAUUUUCGAACAAAUUUGAAAAGUUUUCAAACGAUCGUUGAAAACUAUAGAAAAACAAAUCAAGAUUUGGAGUACUCACUGGGAACGAGUAAGACGAGAAACGCGCAGGCUGUGCGAGUAUGUAGAUCAUGUACUACUUACUAUGAUGUACAAGCUGACGCACUUCUUAACAAGUAUUCUUACCCGCUGAUACUCGGUCCAGGCACUACAUGACCCAGCCGUCCGUGCUGUGCUGGAUAUUUUUAUGAAAUUCGAACCUCCGUGAACGAAUUCGAACCCAAACCUCCGCACGCCCCCCCCCCCUAGUGCAGGAUAAAUGAUGAUGAUGAAAUUGAGAUCUUUCUUUUUUGUGAGCGGCAUCAACUACAACAAGAAGCUGAAGAUGCCAAAACAUAAGAACGCGACAACUUAGGCCUGAAGAGAACUCCUAAGCCUUAUGCUGUCUCGCUGAGUCGCAAAGUGGUUGCGGCCGUUCUUACACAGUCCGUCGGUCGGACGUUGUGUACAAAAACAACAGCUAAACAACCUAGAGAGCAACAGUUGAACCGAAAACAACAGGCUAAAGCACAAGUGACCCCCUCGCAGGGGUAUCUAUUCGCUCACAAUAUAUAUAGAGUAUUUUAUAGGCAAGGGAGUGAAACUUCGAAGGGAGUCAAGGGAGCCAAGGGAGGAAGAUAAAACUUGCACAAAUUGCCUCCCCUAAAAUCAUCGCAAAAAUGCAUGCUAUGGGCGCACUUACCGGGCACCGGUUUGGGCCCUGCUGCCCCCCCCCCCCCGCUGCGGCCCGCGGUUUGGCCGCGUUUAGGCAUUAGCUCGCUGACGAAGGCCCUGGCCUCUUGAAGAAGGUGAGGGCUUCUAGAGUCGCCCCCGUCAACAGAAGUCGCCGGGGCGGCCGGGCCUCUGCCUGGCAACAUAGAGCGUGGAGCCGAAGGAACGCGUAAACUGUUGCCGUGGCCAUGUCAAGUUUCCGCUGUCCAGGGGAAGUUGAGGCAGCCACUUCAGCAGUUUGCUUGUCGAGAUCUUUCGCGCGAGGUUCUGCGUGACCAGAUUCAACGUCAUGCCGAACAGAGAACACGAACGCAGUGGAAAUGUUGAAGCGGCCACUUCGACUUUCUCCAAUCGGGAAAGAGUUGCAGUGGCCGUCAGAACGCGCCGUAAGUUUGAAGCUCACACGCGUGGCAUAUCUUUCUAGCCUGCUUCGCAUUGAUGCUUCGCACUGAUGCUUCGCAUUGAUGCUUCGCAUUGAUGCUUCGCAUUGAUGCGUCGCAACAUUCCCACACGUGGGCGCAUGUCCUACAUGCUGCACGUGCCUCGCCGCGCGCGCGCAGCGCGCGGCCCGAAAAAUUUUUGUGAUGUGCGCACAGAUGUCGAGCCGCGCGCGCGCAGCGCGCGCCGCGAAGAAUUUUUGCUAUAAUUAUGCCGAUCGCAUUGGCACGCGCGACUGCUUUUUUAACUUACUCCCUUGACUCCCUUGGAAAGUUGCGCUGUACUCCCUUGGCUGGCGCCAGACACUAAUAAACCUAAUAUAAGAAAUUUUGUAUGAUAUUAUUAUUAAGGCUCCUGGUAGCCAGGCAGUGGCAUCCGCUAGAGGGCAGGAUGCACGAUGUGAAGUCCAGCAGAAGCUGCUUCAUAUCGAAAAACCUUGGUAAAAUUGACACGACGCUUAAUAUAAAGCGAAAAGCGAAUUAAUGCUGCCAUCAGGAACAAGGAAUCAAGAUUGUCGGCGUGCUUGAUGACGCCCGCCCCUGUAAGGGAC